UCACUCGCCAUAACGACUCUCCUCUCUCUCUCUCUCUCUCUCUCUCUCUCUCUCUGUGGAUCGGGUCGAUGACGAAAUCGAGCAUGGAGGCGAGCAACCGCGGAGGAGGAGACGAAUUCUACGAGGACAUAGAGGCGCCCAAGUUCGUGGACUUCACCGCGCCCGACCGCUACCCUCCCGACACCGACCGCUACUGGUUCUGCCUGCGCGUCGGAUGUGAUCAGAAACAUGAAGAAGAACUGGACGCUGAAGCAAUCUACAAGAAUUUCGUCCUUAGGGUAAUGGCAGCCAGAAGUCCCAACGUAAGACUCCGCAAAGCCUUAACUAGAAAGCCGAUUAAUACUACAGAGAAAUGUCCACUGUCGGCUCCUGCGAAACCAUCGAGAUCCAGAUUACCAAGGUUGGCUAUUUUAUCUUCGAUUUCCGGAAAGCCAGUCAAUUGCGGUAAAGAGAGGGUCAAAACUUCUCGUCCGGUGGUGGCUCCGACCCCUAACGCUAAGGCAAAGCAGCCAUCCAAUGUGGCUAAGGCAUUAACAACCCCUAGAAACACCAAGAGAGUCUCCAAUCCAGAACUGUUUCGGAGUGUUAGGAACCCAAAGGCGAAGCCUAAUGCCGGGCAGAACAAGAGAGUGGUAGCAAAAGCUUUGGCAUUUCCUUCGCCCAAAAAGGCCGCGAAGAUUAAAAUCUCAUCAGAGUUGGUAACUAAUGAAAAGAUUUGUGCCGAGAUGAAGAAGCUGGAGAUCGCAGGCCAAAAGAUGAAUAUAUUGGGGUAUGAUACGCCGGCGCCUAUUGCUGGCUCCAAGAAAAAAGUGCGUGCCAGGGAGGUCAAGAGUCGGGUUUUCGAUUCGUUGCGGACUCAAAAGUGCAAGGGUGCAGAUAAAGCUCCCAGAUGCCUGAAGAAAAAGGACAGAGCUGAAGACUCGAAAAACUGCUCUGAUUUAGCCACAACUGAAGGAACUUCAGGUGACUCCAGCGACAUGGAAGUCGACGACAAGUCCAAACGUGGAUCUUUGGAAGCAUGUCCUGAACAAGAAACCUCUCAGAAUACUGCACUGAAUGUACAUGAAGAAUCUUUUACGAAUGUAAGCACGUCAGAGAAACAAUCAGGGAAAGUCUGUGAGGAUUCAUCGAGUAUAGUGGGAGUUGAAAAGGCUGAUAAAGGGCUGGGUUCAGGAGCAGAUGUAGUUCCUACGGUUGAAGCUGUUCUAGAUGAGGACAGGAAUGGAUCAAUUUCUCAGGAAGAGGGUGCAUCAAGCUUAGAGGAGGAGAAAAUCCAAGAAAACUCUGGCAAUACCAGUGACCAGAAUGAUGUUCCUGCCAAUGAUGAAGAAAUUGGGGAUCAUGUCCUGGAUAAUGACGACAAAGAAAAUUCUACGGCCCCUGAUCGUAACAUAGAACAGAAUGGCGACAGCAACAGGAAAAUUCUGGGGAAGCUUGAUAAUCACAAGAAACAUGAGAAGGUCACUCAAACAUUGAUGAAGAUAAAGAAGAGCUCUAUUGCAGACAAAAGAAGUGCCCAGGGUGGGAAGUAUGUAAAACCAAGACCCACCAAUCCUAAGCCUUUCAGGCUAAGAACAGAUGAACGGGGAGUUCUCAAGGAAGCGAACCAUGAGAAAAAGCUUUCUACGCCAUUGAAAGAGGAUGCAACUGCGCCAGGGUUUCCAUCCAAGAAAAAUCAGAGUAUAAAGAAAAAGAUCAAAGCUCCUGAGUCCAGCACUUUUCACAGAGAAGUCGGACAGAAAAUGGCUGCAUCUACUCCCGAUAGAAACACUAUUUCGAAAAAGCAAAAGAACCUUACCCCUACAGUCUUGCGGUCCAGGGAAAGCGUCAGAAAGCCCAGAAUACUCUCAGUUAAAAGACAUGAAGGGCCUGGAAGCGCGCCAUCGAGGAAAAAGGAAGGAACAUGUCAACUGAGUGUCAUAAAGGAGACAUCUGCGAUGGACUGCGAUUCAAAAGAAGCAGCAAAGAUCCGACAACGCAGUGCUUCAGCAACCAAACCUACUGCUUCUGGCUCUUCGAGGUCAUCGUCAUGUGGCAGAAGGCUCCCAACCAUUCCAAAAGAACCGAACUUCCAUGAUAUCCAUGUUCCGAAAAGCUGCAUCAAGAAACUGACAUGA